AUGCAAGAAUACCCAGACACAAAAUCCCUCAAACUCGUUUGUAUUGGCGACGGAGGUAUUGGUAAAACCAUGAUGUUGAUUUCAUUUGCGUUUGGCAAAGUGGCAGAUGACAACUAUGUUCCAACAGUUUUUGACAACUACAGUGCUCAUGUAAAAUAUGGAAAUGAAACUGUGAUAUUGAAUCUAUGGGACACUGCUGGACAAGAAGAUUAUGAUCGAAUUCGACCUCUCUCCUAUCCAGAGACAGAUAUUUUCAUCCUCGCAUACAGUGUCGUGAAUCCAGAUUCGUAUCACAAUGUCAAAGUCAAAUGGUUUACUGAAAUGAAACAUCAUUGUCCAAACACUCCAUUCCUUUUGGUAGGAACCAAAACAGACUUGAGAGAUAAUGUUGAAUUUCUGCAAAUUCUCAAAUCUAGAGACUUGACACCCAUCACCUACAGCCAAGGAGUAGAACUCGCUCAAGAAUUACAAGCAGAAAAUUAUCGAGAAUGCAGUGCUGCCACACGAGGUGGAAUUCAUGAAGUUUUCAUUCGAGCCAUUAAGGCCUAUUAUGAUUAUCAAGAAAAAGAGAAGAAGAACAUCAAAAAUCAAAGCAGUAGGAAAUCCAAACAAUGUCUAGUGUUAUAA